AAAUUUGGAUUUACUUUUUUAUUUACGUUUUAGUCAUUAGAAAGAAAGCUCGAUGAGCACGAGUGCAUCCCUUUCUCCAGCAGCUUUACAAAAGCGAUCAGAUGCUCAGAAGUUUGCUAUUGACUUGUUAAUUGGCGGGGUUUCAGCGUCAGUUUCAAAAACUGUAGUCGCUCCUAUCGAACGUGUAAAAAUUUUGCUCCAGGUUCAAUAUUCGCACAAAGAUAUUCCUGCUGAUAAGAGAUAUAAUGGAAUUAUCGAUGCAUUUGUUAGAGUUCCCAAAGAACAAGGAUUUGUAUCAUUUUGGAGAGGAAACAUGACAAAUGUUAUACGUUACUUUCCAACUCAAGCUUUUAAUUUUGCAUUCAAUGAUUUGUACAAAUCGAUUCUUCUAAAAAAUAUGAAACGGGAAAAUAACGUGCUCUCAUACAGUGUCAGGACACUCGUCUCUGGAGGACUUGCUGGUUGCUCUUCACUUUGCAUUGUGUAUCCAUUAGAUUUCAUUCGUACAAGGUUAUCUGCUGAUAUCAAUCAUCACACGAAGCGAGAAUAUAAAGGUCUUGUGGAUUGCACAAUGAAAACCGUGAAAAAUGAAGGAUUUAGUGCACUCUACAGAGGAUUCGCUAUUUCUCUUCAAACAUACUUCAUUUAUAGAUCUGUAUAUUUCGGAUUAUACGACGCUAUCAGAAAUACUAUAAACACGGAUAAGAAGAAAUUACCAUUUUAUGCUUCGUUUGCCAUUGCACAAGGUGUAACCGUACUAUCGUCAUAUUUAACCUACCCUUGGGACACUGUGCGGCGGCGAAUGAUGGUAAAAGGACAGCUGAGCACAUCAAAGGCUUUUUCAGCUGCACGAAAAAUUGUCCAUGAGGAAGGUGUUCGCGGAUUGUACAAAGGAGCGUUAGCUAACAUUUUUAGAAGCGCUGGUGGAGCACUUGUCAUGGCACUUUACGAAGAGAUUCACAAGCAUAUGUGAUCGAGCAAAAUUGGACCGAAACACAUUUAUUCACCAUAUAAUAAUUCUCAACCUUAGAUUCUCAUCUAGCGAUUUAUUUUUGUAUAUUAUUCUGAAUGCUUAGGAAAUUGUUUUUUUUCUUGUUAACCGGUUACCUUCUGCCAUGAGGAUCGUUUUUUUGUUAUCCUAUUGAUAAAAAUUCAAAAUUUCGG